AGGGUGUUUAUUAAACAGAAUGUGCUUUUCAUUUACUUUGGUGUAGUUUUACUUCUUCAGUAUCCAUUUCACUCAAAUGACGGUUUUAGCUUCAAUUUAGGUAAAAAGAGAUUCUAUGAAAUUUCUAUGAUAAUCAAAGCUUUUUGAGGGCUAAACCUCAAUAGCUAUAUCCCAGAGUGUAUUCUUUAAGACAGACUAAGAUUUCUUUGUGUUGUUUCCUGCUACAAUAUUUUCUAUAGGUUCAAAGAAGGUCUAAGUGCCAUUGGGCUCUUACAGGAGAUGGUGGCCCACCCAUCUUCCUUUAAAGAACUGUUUGUGAAAACCACCACCAAACUUACAGCAGAAGAUGUCGCUGGGUUGUUCAAACCACAGUUCACCUCCCCUGUAGGCUCCAAUAAGAGGAGACAAGAGACCAGGGCUGUGGUAUUCUGGCGGGACUGGCUUUUGGAGGUUGAGGGUGGAGAUGCAGCACCCAUUUCCCUGGAGCACAUCCUUAUGUUUGCCACAGGACUAGACCGGGUUCCAGCAGUAGGAUUUUCAACUCAACCUGAACUCACUUUUCUACAUGAAGAAGAUGAACCUGCAGUGUUUCCAACCUCCAACACAUGUUCUUUAAUUUUAAGAAUACCAGUUAAAAACACAUAUGAAUCAUUUAAAACCGCAAUGGAAGUGGGAAUUGGGAAUGCAGAUCAGUUUGGAGUACAAUAAUUGUUUUGUUAUAUUUUUCUUGUAUUUUUAUGUUAACAAGUUGCAUUUUCUUAUUUCAAUUAUUUUUACUGAGUUAAUUUUCCAUGUUCAAUUAGUUACACCGUUUAAGUUUGUCCCUGUUUACUCAAUGUUUUAAAGUACAUGUUUAUUUUUUUAUAUUGUUUGUUGUUUUUAUUAAACUGUUUAUAGCAAGUUAAAAUUUGUAGUUUCUAUUAUAUUUUUUACUGAAAAUUUGUUAUGGAUUUCCUUAGUUUAGUCUUUCAGGUUUUGUAUAUUCAUCA